AUAUAAGAUAAAGAAAGAAUAAAAACCAAAGUACAGGCAGCUGAUUAACACAAAAUAUUGGACCCAAUGAGACACUAGAUCACUAAACACACAGAGACAGUUCUGAGUUCAGUUUAAGGCCGCUCCCAUCCACAUGUCCCCUACCACCAAUAAUUAUGUGUGUAUUUUCACCAGGGAUGACUCACAUUUCAACCACGAACACGACUAUUAACUGCCCCACGAAAUCACAGGAGUAUUUGAUUUGAAGGCUUUAUAAGGACGGAGAGGAUCUGCGUAACAUUUGUUGCACAUCUUCAGUCAGUCUUGUCAUGUCGGGUGUUUCCUAAUAUCCAAAACGGGAAGGGAAUGUCUGGUUUUUCCACCCUGAUCCCAGAGGACCUGCAAGACUCCUCCUGACCUCCACAUAUAAAGCGUGAUGUCAUCAAGGUUUGCUGACUCUGGAGUGGAUCUGAAGGGAGCAGCUUCAAGAGGAUCUCCAAGAUGUCCAAAGUGAAGGCUGCACCUCCUCCUGGAUGUUCUCUGAACAUCAGCGAUCCUCAGGUCCAGGAAGCUGCCAUCCGAAUCCAAGCAUCAUAUCGAGGCCACAGGUCGCGUAAAGAGCUGAGGGAGAAAGGCCCUCCGAAGAUCCUGCAGGAUCUCAAAGACGUGGCUCUUGUCGAGGGCAGCGCCGCGAAGCUGGAGUGCAGAGUCAGCGCCUUCCCCGACCCUUUCAUCGUCUGGUACAAGGACGGCAAAGAGCUGAAGGACGGCCCCAAGUACCGCUACGUGUUCGAGGACCCAGAUUUCGUGGCGCUGGUGGUCCGAGAUGGGGUUCUGGCUGAUCUGGGAAAAUACAGCGUUACUAUUAAAAACCCGUUUGGAGAAACACGAGGAUCUGCUUGUAUUCUAGUGGAAGUCCCUGCUAAGGUUUCCAAAGGCCCAGACAACCUCAAGGCCAAGAGAGGAACAACGGUGGUGCUGAAGGCUGAAAUAAGCGGGGAGCCUCCUCCUGACGUCGCCUGGCUCAAAGAUGGAGACGACAUCAAGGAAGACGACAGGUGGAAUGCUGUUUUAUUUAAUAAUUCUGAGAAAAGCAUUUAUAAUAAAAUUGUGAUGAUGAUGGUGCUUCAAAUGUCCUUCAGGGUGUUCUUCGAUAUCGGCGACACCAACACGAUCCUGACCAUCAAAAAUGCGAAGUUGUCCGACGCCGGGAAGUACGAGGUGUUUGUGGAGAACAACCUGGGAACGGAUCAGUCCUUCGCUCGGGUCGACAUCCUCUGAAGUCCAGCUGACAAUAUACUGUAUUAAUGCUGUGGGCCAACCUGUAUAUAACUUUAAUCAAGCUCAUAAUA